AAGAUUAUAAUUUGCGGAACAAAAGUUUGUCUAUUCCUAAAAAAAAAAGGUUAAUAGUGUAAUCAAUGAUCAUACUAUACAUUAUUUUAACGGUAGUAAAGCCGGACAACACAUGCCAGUAGAGAAGAGAGAGAGAGGAAGAGAGGAGCAGGCCCUUGCAGGCGGGAUUUUGGAGGGAGAGAGAGAGAUAAUUUCUUCCACAAGCAGACAAGCCGUGGCCGUACCGUUGAUGAAAAAGCCAGAAUCCUCCUUUGUAUUUGCAAACGCACUCUUUGAUUUCUACACACGCCUUUACUAUAAUUAACUAUCAAACACUUUGUCUAGAGAGAGAGAGUAACGGGUUGAGUCAACUGUCAACUGAAGGUGUUGAUGGAGCUGUAAAUGCUGGCGAUUUCGUCACAGAAAUUCCGAGACCCCUAACCGGACGCAUAUGUUUUUCCAUCCCUUUUAUCACGGCUGCUAUUAUAUCGCUUCAAUGAAAUCACUUCCUGCACUCAUUAGCUCUCUAUUUUCGUAGAUAUAUCGUGAUUUUUGAGUAAAAGUAGACAAUUGUGUUUGAUGGAAGAGCUGCGAGAGAUCAAUCAGAGACCUCAGCAAUUUGGAUCCGAUGACAAAUCAAAUUCAAGCAAUUCCGAGACUGAUGAAAUUGCUGAUUCAAAUGUGAAGUCAAAAAUAGAGGGGGAAAACAAAUGUCCGUCGCAUGUAAUCGACGUGAAAUGUGAUGGAUUUGUGGGCGAAAAUCAGAGGGUGUGUAGAAUAUGCCAUUUGAAUGCGAAGGAAUGUGGCAAGAAUUCGAUGGAGUUGAUUGAGCUUGGCUGUGGAUGCAAAGGGGAGCUGGGAGUUGCUCAUUUGCAUUGCGCCGAGGCCUGGUUUAGAGUCAGAGGAAAUAGAAUGUGUGAGAUAUGCAGUGAGACUGCAAAGAACAUUACUGGUGUGGGGGACAUCCGAUUCAUGGAAGAAUGGAGCGAGUCUCAAACCGGGGAAACGGGUUCUAGCCCAUCAGGCGAAACCAGAAGAUGCUUGAGUGGGCAGCCGUUAUGUAACUUCUUGAUGGCGUGUCUGGUAAUAGCAUUCGUCCUCCCAUGGUUUUUCCGUGUAAAUAUGUUAUAGACGAGACCCAUUGAACGCGAAAAUUGAACGUAGCUCUGCUUCUUGGUCGUUUUUUCCGACUGUUUUUGGAGUUAUAGGCCACCAUUUUCCCACUCUGUUAUACAAAUUAAGUUCUUUCGCGUGGUUUGCAUAGUCUUCUCUUAAUUGUUUUGAGUAGUUUUUUGUAAUUUAUUUUCAAGAACGAGUGUUUCAUGGUGUCAUACGUAUAGACGCGGAUGACAUUCUUUUCUUUUUUGUGGAACACUUGUGCCUAUCGCCUCUUGCUCGACCAAGAACAAACAAUAUCUUAAAACAAUGAUGACAUUAUUUGA